AGUCCUCAAAAGUCAGAGACGUCCAUACGCAAGAAAAGCAGUGCGAGAGAAGUUGGGUCAUCUGAAUGUAGGGGCGGAUGGCUGUUCCUCUUGACUUAUUUUGAUCCAUCGAUCACCUAAACGAAAAAAAAAAGGAAAAAGAAAAGGAAAAAAAAACAUGAAGUACCUCGUCGAAGUUGAGAAGGGGGCGCAGGGCUCCGAUGGCCGCCCCUCCGUGGGACCCACUUACAGGAGCAUCUUCGCCAAGGACGGCUUCCCUCCGCCCAUCCCCGGCCUCGAGAGCUGCUGGGAUAUCUUCCGAUUGAGUGUUGAGAAGUAUCCUGAGAAUCGAAUGCUCGGCCGCCGCGAGAUCGUCGACGGCAAGGCGGGUAAAUAUGUGUGGAUGACUUACAAACAAGUGUAUGACAUCGUGAUGAAGCUUGCUGCUUCGAUCCGUUGCUGCGGCGUCGAAAAGGAAGGCCGCUGCGGUGUCUUUGGUAUCAAUUGUCCCGAGUGGGUUAUGAGUAUGGAGGCUUGCAAUGCUCUUGGAGCUUAUUGCGUUCCCCUGUAUGAUACACUUGGUGCUGGUGCAAUCGAAUUUGUUAUAUGCCAUGCAGAGGUCCAGAUCGUCUUUGUGGAAGAGAAAAAGAUCGGGGAGGUGCUGAAAACCUUUCCCAAUUCAACUAAAUUCUUGAAAACUAUUGUAAGUUUCGGGAAGGUACCUGCUGAGCAAAGAGAGGAAGUUGAAGAGUCUGGCUUGGCAAUAUACUCUUGGGAUGAAUUUUUGCUCUUGGGAGGCAAUGAACAAUUCGAUCUCCCCGUAAACAAGAAGACAGAUAUCUGUACUAUAAUGUACACUAGUGGAACAACUGGUGACCCUAAGGGUGUUAUGAUUUCCAACGAAAACAUUAUCACUCUGAUUGCUGGUGUUGAUCGGCUUCUUAAUUGCAUGAAUGAGCAGCUGAAAAUGGAUGAUGUUUACCUGUCAUAUCUCCCUCUUGCACAUAUCUUUGAUCGGGUGAUUGAAGAGUUGUUUAUUUUCAAUGGGGCUUCAAUAGGAUUUUGGCGUGGGGAUGUCAAGUUGUUGGUUGAAGACAUUGGAGAGCUAAAACCAUCCAUUUUCUGUGCGGUUCCACGUGUAUUGGAUCGGAUAUAUACAGGUUUGCAGACUAAGAUAUCUUCUGGAGGUUUCCUGAAGAGUACACUGUUCAACAUUGGCUAUAGAUACAAACUGUAUAACAUGGUGAAGGGAAGUAAACAUGACGAGGCAGCUUCAAUUUUUGAUAAGAUCGUUUUUAGUAAGGUAAAAGAUGGACUAGGUGGCAACGUUCGGCUUAUAUUAUCUGGAGCCGCUCCUCUAGCUAAACAUGUUGAAGAAUAUUUACGAGUUGUGUCAUGUGCCCAUGUUCUGCAAGGAUAUGGUCUUACGGAGUCUUGUGCUGGGACUUUUGUGUCACUUCCAAACAAUCUGUCUAUGCUUGGGACAGUAGGCCCACCAGUACCAAAUGUUGACGUGCGCCUGGAAUCUGUUCCAGAAAUGAACUAUGAUGCUUUAUCUGACACUCCUCGAGGAGAAAUCUGCAUUAAGGGAAAUACACUAUUCUCAGGAUACUACAAACGAGAAGACCUCACAAAUGAGGUUCUGGUUGAUGGUUGGUUUCAUACAGGGGACAUUGGUGAAUGGCAGCCUGAUGGAAGCAUGAAAAUUAUUGAUCGAAAGAAAAACAUAUUUAAGCUUUCACAAGGCGAAUAUGUUGCUGUUGAAAAUCUGGAAAACAUUUAUGGUCUUGCGUCUGCCACAGAUGCUAUAUGGAUAUAUGGAAAUAGCUUCGAGUCUUGCCUUGUUGCUGUUGUCAAUCCUAAUAAGGAUGCUCUUGAGGGCUGGGCUGCACAAAAUGGUGCAAGUGGCGAUUUUGAUGCCCUCUGUGAGAAUCCAAAAGCAAAAGAAUACAUUCUUGGGGAACUUACAAAGAUUGCAAAAGAAAAGAAGCUGAAAGGUUUUGAGUUCAUAAAAGCUGUUCACCUUGACCCUGUCCCAUUCGACAUGGAACGCGAUUUGCUUACCCCGACAUAUAAGAAAAAGAGGCCUCAGAUGCUCAAAUAUUAUCAGACUAUCAUUGAUGGCCUGUAUAAAAGCACCAAGUGAGCAAGCGAGGUUACCUAUGAUCAGCCACUGCUGGCGCUGUCAUUUUUAUUGCAGAUGUACAAAUGAAAACUAUACAUUUACACAAACACAAAAGUUUAAAUUAUAUGUUGAUACUUGAAGAGUUUUUACAAAUGUGAUACAUAGAACUGCAGAAUAUGAAUAUCUGAUAGAAAGCAAAUUACUCUUCU